GUACGGUAGGGCGUGUCUAAAAGAGAGGAGGCGUGGAUUUAAAGAGUGCGGAAUGUCGGAAGAGCGUCUGAUGCGUGAUCGGACUGCCGCUUGUGAAUCUGUCGGUGGAGAGCGCAGACUGACAUCGCUGGGAGGAAAAUGUCUUGUUGGUUGAGGGAAGAGACGUUUGUGCUGGCAGAAGAUUACGUGGGUUUCUGCAGCGGGGUCCAACAGACGCCUCCCAGCGAGUCAGCACAAGCCAUGAGAUACCUGGCCAAAGAGAUGGAGCAGCAGCACAGCGGCAAAUUCAGAUCUCUCUCCCAGGAGUUCCUGGACACCUGCGGAUCCGAUCCUAGCCAGUGUCUGCACAGGGUCAUGAGGGAACUGGUGGGAGAUGGGAAACUGAACUGGGGAAGGGUGGUCUCCAUCUUUGCUUUCACUGGAGUGCUGGCCAGUGAGCUUCUCUCCAGGCGAGGGAAUUCGGAGUGCUCACCGAGACUCGCCGAGACCGUAGCGGAGUACCUGGGUGGGGAAAAGCGAGACUGGCUGAUGGAAAACGGAGGCUGGGAGGGUUUCUACAGGUUUUUCCACACCGCCAGAGAGUUAAAGCAAGAGUCCUCGAUGAAGACUGCACUGUUCGCAGCAGCAGGAGUGGGUUUAGCUGGUCUAACCUUUCUCUUGGUCCGCUAAAGGCGUAUUGCCCACAAACACACACACCUGCCCUUACCUUGCUCUUCAUUUCUAUCAAGAUAAAAUGGCUCUUAAAGGGUAACACAUCUGUAAGUUCUCAGUCAAAUUCUUUUCUCGUCAUCAAAACGUAUAAAGCACACCUGUUGAUUUUAAACAUGGCCUUAACAUGGGACAAGAACUCUUUGCAUGUCCUAAUAGGUGCUUUUUGUUUUGUAAUUCCUUUCGUCACUUGUUUCUGUGUACAUCUUGUUAGUUUAGAUAGAAUUUACUGUUUGUUUUGUGAGGAUGGGAUGAAAGCACAGUUCUAUUUUCCUCAGUCAAGCGAGCGUUCACUUUGAAUGGCUGUGUCACACGAGAAAGUGCAGAAUAUAUUUGAUAAUUCUUUGCCCUGACUGUGUUUCACUUUGGGUUUCUUGCUAAAGUCAUUUGUUAUAAAGGUGCUAUCUUGUUGAGCCUCUUGCAUAAUUUGUGAUUAUUCUCCCCAAUUGUAAAUGACCAGUUUACGUUGUAAAUGUAUUUAUUUACCUUUUAAGAACAAAUGAUUGAUAUUUAGGCUAUUCCCAAAAAUUGACAAAACAUUAUAUUUUUCCAUUGUUUUAUUUAUUAACCUCUUUCUUAAAAAAAUGAUGUUACUGUAAAGAUGAACUCAA